GUUUCUUUAGUUUCUCCGGCGGAGCUCCGCGCGGCAGUGUGUUCACCGAGCUCGUGGAGGCGCGAGAGCGAGAGAAAAAAAAAGGACAGACAGCGGCGGCAGCGAUGUUUACCGGGAGCGCGAGCGCAUGUGUGCCCCUGUUGUUGUUGUGGAUUACGGCCCUGACGAGCGUCUCUGCGAGGAAGCAGGACGACUCCUUCUUCACCGCCAGCGUUUACCGAGCGAGAUGCGCCUCGAGGUGCCUCAGCCUGCACAUCACCCGCAUCUCCGCGUUCUUCAAGCACACGCAGAAUAAUGGCUCCUUGGUGUGGUGCCAGAAUCACAAGCAGUGCUCCAAGUGUCUGGAGCCUUGCAAGGAAUCUUGGGACCUGAAGGAAAACCAGUGCCAAGAUUUAUGUGAGCCCCUUUUCCCAAAGAAGCACUACGAGUGUCUGACUAGCUGCGAGUUCUUGAAGUCCGUAGAGGGGGUGAAGCAAGGCGACUGCCCGGCCCCGGAGAAGGCCAGCGGCUUCGCUGCGGCCUGCGUAGAGAGCUGCGAGGAGGACGGCGAGUGCUCAACGGUCAAAAAGUGUUGCAGCAACGGAUGUGGCCACACCUGCCAGGUGCCCAAGAAUCUCUACAAAGGAGUCCCUCUGAAACCGAGGAAGGAUCUGGUGUUCUUGGAGCAGCCUUCGGGUCAGCUGGAGAUCCGCUGGUCGUCAAAGUUUAAUAUCUCCGUCGAGCCGGUCCUCUACGUGGUGCAGCGCCGCUGGAACUACGGCAUCCAUCCCAGCGAGGACGAUGCCACAGAAUGGCAAACGGUGGCUCAGACCGCAGAGGAGCGCAUCCAACUGGCUGACAUCAGAGCCAGCAGAUGGUACCAGUUCAGAGUUGCCGCAGUCAAUGUUCACGGGACCCGCGGCUUCACUGCACCCAGCAAACACUUCCGCUCCUCCAGAGACCCUUCGGCGCCGCCCAGGCCAACCAAUCUGCGUAUCACCAACAUGACUUUAGCCGAUGAAAACCUGGUGACGGUUCAUCUCAACUGGAGCCUGCCAGAGGAGCCGGAUAUCCCCAUCCAUCACUACAAAGUGUUCUGGAGCUGGACCGUGCCCUCAAAGUCGCUGGUUCCAUCCAAGAAGAAGAGGAGAAAGACCACCAAUGGGGCUCAGAGCUGGGUGGAUCUGGAGGGACUGCAACAAAACAGCACUUACACCGUGGAGCUGCAGGCUGUCACAUACUGGGGACAGGUGCGCCUGAAGAGCUCCAAGGCCUCGCUCCACUUCAGCACCUCUCAGAAUAAUGAAUCAGCUAAAUCUACCCUCAAGUCCAAGAAGGAGGAGAUAUCCCCUCUGGGCUCGACGCUGGCCAAACGCCCCUCUGGGCCCCUGGAAGUGGGCACACCCUUCUACCAGGAUGGUCAGCUCCAGGUCCGGGUCUACUGGAAGAAACGGGGAGAUCCCACGGUGAGUCGCUACCAUGUCCAGUGGAUGCCUGAGUACUGCAGCCACAACGAGACCCGAGGCCCCGAGAAAUCAGUCACGCAGGAAAACUACAUCAACCUCCCAGGUCUGCUGUUCUCCUGCAAGUACAAAGUCACCGUUCAUUUGCUGAAGUCCAAGAGGCGCUCCAAGGACGAGAGCAUCACCUUCUUCACCCCGUCCUGUGCUACCAUCCGGAGCAAGACCCACAAACACAUCCCAUGCCCGGGGGAGGGAGCGCUUCCAAAGGUCCUGGCUAAGCCAGAAAAUCUGACGGCCUCCUUCUCCAUGAAUGACGGAAACAUAACGGGCAGCUUCCUGUGGCGCGUGUCCAGGGUGGCUCCUCACCAGCGGAUCACAGGCUUCCAGGUCACCUGGGCGGAGAUCAACACCGAGAGCCGGCAAAACAGUCUGCCCAACAGCAUCAUAUCCCAGUCGCAGAUCCUGCCUCCAGAUCACAACCUGCUUGUUGUGUCCAACUUGCGACCGUCUACCUACUACAGGCUGGAGGUGCAGGUCAUAACGUCUGGAGGAGAGGGACCCGCCACUGUCAAGACCUUCCAGACGCCCAUAAUACAACCGGUGGCACAACACCGACCUAGACUCCGGCAGCACCACUCUCAUCACCAGAAGCCAUCAUUUGAGAAACACUGAGUUUGCACAUCAAGGCAAACCCAACCCGAUCGGGGAGAAGUACCUGUGACUCUCUGUUCCCGUCAGCCAGGGAAGGAAUGUGUGGAAACCUAACAGAAACUCAGCGCACCGGACCAUGAAGUGGACCAUCCCCUCCCCCGCUGACCCCUCCACACUCCCUCAACUCAUGAAACAUGGGUUUAUCUUUUCCAGGCUCCACAACGCAUCAGCUCCUUUUUACCCUCUCUCUCCUCUCUCUCUCCUCUCUCUCUCCCUCGCUUUCUCUUCACUUAGAUGUCACCGGAGGGGUUUGUGUGUGUAAAGUAUAAAGUUAAACUACAAGGUUUCCCAUUCUGUGCCGUUCAGAGCACAGCCACACCCUCCUCAUCCCAGCUCACCCAUGACUAAAAAAGGAAGUGAUGAAAUUCCUGUUCAAAUAAGAUCCAAUAACUUCUAAAUUAGUUUUGGAUCCAGCUGUCAUCGAGCACUACAAAAACAAUAAAUAAAAUAAGAUAUUUGAUUGGAUUUGGUGAACAUGCGGUUGAAACCAACCGUUUAUUUGGGAAUUUGCCCGAAGCGAACUGGAUGGUAGGGAAGGGCUUGUCUAUGAAGAAAGAAAAAGUAGAACUUCAUCUAUUUAUUUUGCGUUUACCCAUUAAAGAGGCGCUUAGACAUGCAGUCUGUACUGGUGGAUAAUGUAACUAAAGUCCUUAUUGUCUAACCCAGAGUAUUUCAUGUAGUAUGUUGCAUGUAGUCCAUUUGAUUUUUUUUUUUUGAGCUGUAAAUUAAUUACCUGCUUCAAAUUGAAAGCUCGUAAUGUUUUUUUUUUUUUUUCUUUUGCAUGACAACUGUUAGCAUCCUGUUGGCAUGAAAUAGUCUGUGUUACCCCUUUUCAAUAUGUUAGCAAUAUUUCAUUAACAGAAUAACAAAUAAUUAUAUUGGAAGUAAUAUGUCACGUUUAUUAAUGAAAUUAUAACGUGUGGAGAUGAAUUGUACAUGUUUCUUGGCUGUACAAAUAUUUGUCUUGGAGCAGUCGGUGAAUGUCUAUAUUUAUUUAUGUGUGUUAUUACAACGUUUGCUUUUUGAUGUGUGUGAAUGUGUGUGGAUUUAUUUUUUUUGUGUCGUAGUCUCAGAUUUUUAAAAUGGAUUAAAAAAAAGUGGACAAAAAAAAAUAUCUUGUAAAGACAUUUUGUAAAAAAGGAUUUGUAAAUACAGUCUUAUGUUACAUGUUAUUUUUCCAUGCUAGAACCUGUACAAACUGCUAAGUAAUAAAAAUGACUCCUAACCUGU